AAUGCUAGUUUCACAAUAUAGAUAGUUACCUGCACCCUCUAGAGAACUACCUUAAAAUUUAAAUUAAGCUCAUUUUGAUUAGAAGAUGAGAUUCUAAUAAUAACAAAUUCAAGCAAGAGUGAUUGAAGAAAGACCAAAUUUCUAAGAGAUGUAAGGAGGAUAACCACCUAUAAAACCUUGGUUAGGAGAAGAUGUUUAUAUGGUAGCAUUUCUAUUAUCAGUGGAAAAUGAUAGAUUGAGAGAGGAGAAUGGAAGGAUUGGAGAAUAUGUUAAUUAGAAUGAAUUAAGAUUUAAAGGAGUAGAUUUAAUAGAAGGAGAAUUAAUUUAAUUGAGAAAUAAAAUAGGAGAUUAUGAAAAAAAGAUUGCUUAAUUAUAAUAUGAGAGUGAAUAAUGGAGAGUAAAAUAUGUUAAUAGAGAGAAAGAAAGUGAAGAUUAACGAUAUUAGAAAGAAUUAUAAAGAAGAAUAUCUAUAGAUAGAGAAAUAAGAGAAUUAACAGCUAGAUUUAUUUCAGAUAGAAAUCAAUUGGAAAAAGAGAAUAGAUAAUUGAGAACUGAAUUAGAUAGUCUUAAAUUAUCUAAAAGUAGUGUAGAAGAUAUAAUGAGAUAAGCAGAUAUUGUUUAAAAAGAAAAUUAAAGAUUAAAAUAAGAAUUAGAUAAUCUUAGGUAAAUAAUACAAAAAAUAUAUAUUUUAGAAAAGGUUUUGAUGAAUUAGAAUAUGUAUUAAAAACAGCUGCUGAUUUAGAGGUUGAAAAUACUCAUUUGAAAUAAUAAAUAGAAAAUAUAUAAGUCUAAUUCUAGAACUAAUAAUAAUAAAAUAUUUAACCAAUUUAAAGAGUUGUUGUAAAUUCAACAAAUUUAUGUAAGAUUAAGAUUUAAUGAAUUAGAAAAUUCACAUAUUUUAGAAUAAGAAAAUAAGAGAUUAAGAGAUGAAAAUGAUAGACUUAAAAUUAUAGUAAAUCUAGGUUAAACAUCUAGACCUUAACCAUUUAUGUGA